UCUUGCUCUGAUUGGUCAGACUGACUCUCGCCGACGUCCUCGACCUCACGCUGUCUGUAAUUCAAAUUUGAAAUUUGAAUUUAGUCUUUUAAUCGCGUCAAAUUGAUAUAUCUCAUUCAGAAUCAUCACAUCAGUCAAUUUCGUGUCGUAUAACGUAAAAAAUGUCGAGUUCAGACGUAAUCUGUGAGAGGAUUCACGACGGUCACGGGCCGCGGUGGGAGCGCGGCGGCAUUUGCGUCGCGUGCGUCGUGGACAUGAUGGACAGGUCGGAUGUAUCGGCUGUGCGCAAGCGCGCGGCGCUCGUGGCCGUGAUGCGCGUGGCCGCGGUUCGGGAGCUGCUGUAUUGCGAAGAGGAACGAAAAAUAAACUUCAUCUCAUCAUUGCUAAGAACGCUGUUCAACGCUGUGGAUUCAUCACUGCUGGAUCAGACCGUACAGGUUCUGCUUCAGAUGACACUGGACAUCCCGAAUCAAGGGCUUAUGCUCUUCAUCCUGGACCAGAUCCACUCGCGGUGGACAGAUGUCGGCGGUCUGAAAGCGUCUCUGUCCUCCUUGACGUUUCUGGGGAAACUGCUGGAUGCUCAUCCUGCUCUGAGCCAAACACUGACGUCCAGCCGCUCACGUGUGUUGGAGUGUGUGUGUGCCGCUCUGCUGCUCUCAGAUGAGGAGGUGAAGGUCGCCGUGUGUUACGUGUUGUUGAGGAUCUGGAGCUCUGCCGCUGCCAUCCAGAUGCUUCCAGACACGCUCCGUCAGCGCAUGUGUGUGUUACUGCUGCACACGCUCUCAAACACACACACCACAGCGCUCACCUGUCAACUGCCUGGAACAAGUGUUGUGAAGCAGAUGUGUCAGUACUCUGAGGUGGUGUGUGUGUUGAUGAAUCUGCAGGACGGCACUGAAGAUCCACUGCCGUAUCAACCACUGCCGCUCAUCCUGAAGAAGCUGUUGUUGAGCGCUCAGGACUCUCUUCAGGUGGUGUCUGUGCGCUGUGUGUGUGCCGUACUGAUUCACGCUCCUCGACGCUUCACUGCCGCCUUCAUUCAGGCCGAUCUACCCGAGUUUCUGCUGGAGGUGAUGAGCAGUGGCUGCAGUGACGUGUUGCUGUGGUCCGUCUUCAGCUGUUUGCUGCUGCUGUCCGAAGAUCCGCUCUUCUUCUCGCAGUGUCACGCCGUCUACGGUAUGGAGCCGUUAGUGCGCUGUCUGAAAGAGACUCUGGGAAAGUCCAACACCGAGGUGCAGAAACAAGGACUGGAGCUGCUGUUGGCCAUUUUGGACAGACAGCCUGCAGCCGUGCAUCUGUUCCCGACCGCCUCUGAGUUCACAGCUGUGUGUGAUGUCAUCGUGGAGGCCGUGGCCACUUCCUGUCUGCAGGUGUCCAUGUGUGCGGUACGAGCCGCCGCCGUCCUGCUCAGGCCGAAUCAUCAGUCCAGUCCGGUUCAGUACUCAGACGUCAGGAGAGUCGUGGAGGCUGUGAUGUCCAAGUGCAGACUGCAGGUGUGUGUGUGUGAGCCGGCUCUGACAGACGGUGUGUGUUCAGCUCCAGCGCAGCAGCAGGAGACACUGGAGUCUGUGUGUGUGUUUCUGCUGCACUGCUGUGACACAACCUGCAUCCCUGCAGUCACUGGAAUGUGUGAGCGGGUCUCGUCUCCACAGACGCUGCAGCUCUUCCUCUCGGCCCUGUCGUGUCAGUUUGCUCUGUGUCCUGCUCACAUGACCUCCUUCUCCAAGAAGCUCGCUGCGUCUGGAUUCAUCAGACUGACUGUGGACAGUAAAGCUCAGCUGUGUUCAGGGAACAGGAACACGUCUCUGAAUCAGACCUGCUGUGAUUUCCUCCUGAAGCUCUGCAUGUGUCUGAUCUCAAACACUGACUCCUGGACCCAUGAUGACCUGCAGGAUGUGCAGCUUGUCCUGCAGGAGUCUCUGCCGUCUCUCUGCUGCAGAGUGUCAGACUGGCCCUCUCUUCUCACUGAUAUCCCACAAUCUCUCAGGAACGCGCAGUACUGCCUCAUCCACCUGCUGCACCUGUCGCUGCAGCACGGAGACAGGUUUCUGUGUGACUCGGCCGUGUUCUCCUGCAUGCUGCGCUUCAUCACGUGUGUUCAGGAUCAGUGCGCCAAUGCUCUUCCUGCGUCUGUGUUGAGUUCAGUCCUCUAUCUGCUGUCUGUCACGCAUCACGGCAGCCCUCGCCUCGACACGGUGUCGGUGAGCGUCGUCAGUAAAGCUCUGUCCUCCUGUCCUCCGCUCUUCUCUCGCGCUCUUCCUCUCCCCGUCCUGAGCUUCAUCUUCCAGUAUCCCGAGCUGUCGGAGCGUUUCGGAGCAGCGGCUCUGACGGGACGUCUCUGUCGCGGGUCAGAAGCGGGUCAGGAGGAGGUGCGGGAGCUGCUGGAGCUGCUUCACACACACCCUGCAGCGCUGCUGAACAUGCUGGUUGUGGCGUGUGAAGCCGAGACUGCAGCGUCUCACUCAGCCAUCGGCGUGUUGCGAUGCUUCCUGAGUUCAGUCGACGGCGUCGCCAUCAGCAGGACGUCUGAUCUCUCUGAUCAGAUCCGGUUGGCGCUCAUGAACGUCCUGCAGAGACACACACACACAGAUGGUCUGUCGGUGCUGCUGGACGUGUUGUCUGUGAUUCAGAGUCACUUGUCCGGUCAGAUGAACCAUACAGACUUCAAACUGCUUUACCACGUCAGUAAUCUGGUGGGAAAGAUGGACUCCAGCGACUCUGAGCUGCUGCUGUCGGUGUUCAACUGUCUGUACUGCUUCCUGUGUGUGUGUCCGUCACACGCCACCGACAGAGCGGCGUCUCUGCUGCUGGGAAAUGUCAGACUGCUGGAGCUGCUGGAGGAGGUUUUAUCUUCAUCUCCCUCUUCAUCUUCAUCAUCUUCAUCACUGCACUGCUCCUCACUGCUCCUGCUCUCCUCCCUCAUGCUCCUGCAGCACAAACACGCCGCUCAGGUGCAGAAGAGCGUCAGUGUGGAUCUCCAUCAGAUACUGAGACGACUGGCCUUCAGCAAGAGACACACGGAUGCGCUGCUGCUUGUGUGCAGUGUGCGGUUCGUGCAGGUGUGUUUGGAUGUGGACGAGUCUGCGCUGGUGUGCGUGUGUGACGCAGCGCUGCAGCGACCCCUGCAGACAGAAGAUGGCGCUCUACACCCGCUGGGACACAGCGGCGCUGCCAGCCUCGUGACGGCCCUCAGCGCACUCAUGCUGCAGAAGCAGGAUCUGCAGGUCAGCGCGGCUCUGAACUGUCUGACGUCUCUGAUGGGGUUUCUGCGCCGCAGGAGUCCUGAAUCAGUGCAGCACACGGUGGUUCAUCAGCCCUGGACUCGAUUCCUGCUCUUCUCUUUACUGUCAUGUGACGGGAGCCUGAAACCUGCUGCACUGCAGCUCCUCACACUGCUGGUGCGUUUCAGCGGCAGCGUCUCAAGAUGGAAGACAGAAGUUCAGUCUGUGUGUGAGAAGGUGGAGAGACGAGGAGUGACAAACCUCACUGACCACAGCAAACACACACUGAGAACGAUGCUCACACAGUGUUGUGCUGCUUCUCCUCCUGAAGAUCUGAGGAUGAGGAUGGAUGCUUUACUGGAGUCACUCAAUCAUCUUCCUCCCUCUGAUGCCUCGAGCAGACACAUGCUUCGGGUUGGACGGGUAUCUGUGUGUCUGUCUGAUCUCACAGCUGGCCCUCAGUACCUCUGAUACACACACACACACACACCUCUGAAUAGUUUUACUUGUUUUCUUCUGCAGAGAUUUGCUACUGAAAUAUUUACAUAUGCAUUUUUACAUUAAUGACAAUUAGUUACUCAUUUUAUCAUUUGUUUUGUAACAAAAAAAAAAAAAAGGUUAUUGAUGUUAAUUUUACAAUUAAUAAUUAGUUACUAGUUUUAUAAUUUGUGUAGUGGCAAAAAAUACUUAUCGAUUAAUAAUAAUUAUUGUUAAAAAUGUACUCGUUUUAUAUUUUGUGUGUUGUAGCAAAAACGGUUAUUCAUUAAUAUUCA